AUGAAUGCGCCGUUAAAAGAGGUGGCCGAAAAGAUCUGUGAACUUUGUCAUGAAUUCCACAACCACGAGGUACCGAAUAUGCGAGCGGAAUGUCGAUCUCAGUGUUUUUCAACGGACAAAUUCCGAACGUGUAUGCAUAUGUUUACGAACGCGCCGAAACGUCACAAUCGGCACAGUCGACGAUAUAUCUGGAAAGCGUGA